UGGGAGGGUAUGCAGCCUCUAAUCGCGCGCGCGCGAGUCCAUUAGGGCCCCCUAAUGGGGGAAGUGGUUGCUUUCUAUUGUGUGAGCGGGAGGCCCCGAAGCUGUCCCAGCACACAUUGGUACUGUACCCUGAGCUGGAAAAGCUUGAGAAGGCGCAGUAGUUUCCUAUCCCAAAUCCGCUUUCCAAGAGGGGUUUCCAGCCCCAAAUUUGAAUCUUUGCCUCCCCUCUCAGCUAGAAUUGUGGGCUCGCCCAGGGGAGGGGCGGGGCGAGGAGUUGCUGGCGGGAGAUUUAAAUUCUGGCGGGCGCUCUCAUUCUGUGUGCGUUUGUUUUCUCUGCUGCUGUCUUUUCUUGCGUUCUGUUCUGCCAUGCCCUGCUCUGAAGCGACACCCGCCAUCUCCCCCAGCAAGCGGCCCCGGCCUGCGGAGGACAGCAUGCGGCUCCGCUUUGUCCGGCUCUCAGAGCACGCCACCGCCCCGACCAAGGGGUCCGCGCGGGCUGCAGGCUACGACCUGUACAGUGCCUAUGAUUAUACCCUACCACCUAUGGAGAAAGCCCUUGUGAAAACGGACAUUCAGGUAGCUCUUCCGUCUGGGUGCUAUGGAAGAGUAGCUCCCCGUUCUGGCUUGGCUGCAAAACACUUCAUCGAUGUAGGAGCUGGCGUCAUAGAUGAAGAUUACAGAGGAAAUGUGGGUGUCGUACUAUUUAAUUUUGGCAAAGAAAAGUUUCAAGUCAAAAAGGGCGAUCGGAUUGCACAGCUCAUUUGUGAACGGAUUUUUUAUCCAGAAAUAGAGGAAGUUCAGGUUUUAGAUGACACUGAAAGGGGUUCAGGAGGUUUUGGUUCCACGGGGAAGAAUUAACAUUUAUGCCAAGAAUAGAAAAUGAGGAAACGUACUUUUUUCUUAAAAAUAAAGGAUUUUUGCUUAGUGUUUUGCACAUCUGUAAACAUAAUAGCUUUAGCUUCUAAAACUGUUUGGUUCUCUUAGGAUUUAGGAAAAGAUACCUGUGUUGGGGUCCCUAAAACCUUACUUAUGUUUUUACACAUCUGAUUGUUGUAUAAAUCUGUGUGGUGACCUAAUACAAGCUGUUUAUUUUUUUAAUUAAAUGUUUAUCAAUUACAGAUCCAAAAAA